GGAAAAGGAAAAAGAGAAGGAGAAAGAAGAAAGAAAAAGGAAAAAGAAAAGGAAAAAGAAAAGGGAAGAAGCCCCGUGUGUGUAGAGACAGACACCUCUUUCUUGUUUUGCUGUCUUCAGCGAAAAGGGAGGACUUUCUACUCUCAAGCGGAAAGGAGAAAACCUUUUCAUCGUGCAGAAAAAGAGCGCGACUGCGUUGCUUGUCGGGGAAGCGCUUGAGAGCGAGACGAGAGAAGAGUUCGUCCGUUUCGAUUUGAAAGAUAUCCUCUUCCACCAUCCUCUGGCGUGUAUGGCUUCCCGUAUAGACCUCGUUUGAAGUCGGGGACGCGUCUCGUUUUCUCGCGGCUGCCUGGACGGCCAAGAACCUGCAAGUCGCCAUUUUUUCUUUCCUUUUGCGGCGCGUCCUUCAAAAGCGUCCUUUCCUUUCUGUCUUCUUUGACGCUUCGCUGCCUCCUGCCGCGACAAAGGACGCGGAACCGGCUUCUGUCAGGAAAAAAGGCAGAAAAAGAACUCGGUCUUCCGCAUGUUUAUAGAGUAGCUGCGCUUCUCUGUGUGUCUAUGUGUGUAUCCCUUGAGCAGCAGCAUUUGUCGAAGAGUUGAGAAGUUUUUUUCCACCUGUGAAAGAGUCUCUGAAAGACUGUUCUCACGGCGGUGAGCGUCUCGCUCCAGGACGGUCUCGGUCACCAAAAAGAGCAGUGCCUCAGAGGCUGUGGAGGAUGUCUAGAAAGUUCCGAAAAUUCGUUUAAAUCGAAGAAGCAGACGCGCGACGGGGGGGAAGCGUCAGGAUUCGAACGGAGAGGAGAGGCUCUUUCUUUCUUCUCUCGUCCAUGCCUCGCGUUCCUCAAGUCUUCUGCCAUAUUCAGAAGCAUCUCCUUUGCCCGCAAUGUCUCCUUUCUCCCGGCUUGCUCCCUUCCACUCUCUUUCUUCUUCUGCUUUCACUCCUUCUUUCUUUUGUUCUUCUCUCUCGACUUCUUCUUGUUCCUUUCUUCGUUCUGCGUCGGUUUCUCUUGCUGCAUUUCGGCGGGCAGCGUUUACCAGAGAAGGCCUUUCCUGAGAGUGGCGAGGCCCUCGGCUCCGUUGACCAGGACUUCCUCCAGUUUUCGUGAAGUCUUCCACCUUCGCGUUGUGGAAACAUGGCAGACACUCUGGCUCCCUCGCCUCCUCCCCCUCGCGCGCCUGAGAGGCGAUCUGCUCGCACCUCGGUGCCUGUUUCUCCCGCCGCUUCCGCAGGACCUUCUCCACCUCUCUCCUCUCUUCGUUUUUCUGUCUCACGCGGAGCCGCAGACUCCGAGCGGGACGGUGGCUUCGGACCGUCAGACUCCAGCGAAGCUUCCGCAUGCACGCAAGCGGCGAAAGAUGUGCGUUGCUUCUUGGCAGAGGCUUGCCGUCUCGCACAUGCAGCCGCUUCCUACGCGCUCGAAACUUCGGCGGAAUGCGCCUCCCAGACCCCUCUGCCUCCGUCGUCGACGAAGGCACCAGACGUCGCAUCUGAGACACUGAAAGCGCUGCGAGAAGUCGACAGAGACAAAGAAGAAGAGCACGAUGGAGAAGACAUUGUUGUCUCCCGGGCGAAGGCGAUCCAGCUGCUUCUCGCUCUGCAAGCCGCGCAUGCAACGGCUGCAGAAAUGUUUAUCGUCAACGCAACUUGGAGAGAAAGCGACGCAGGACCCGCCGUCGACGCUGAACUCUUCGAAGAAGCGUUCAGGGCGUUGCAUUUAGCAACUCGGGCGCUGUUGGGCUGUUCUCUUCUUGCAAGCUGUUGUCCCCCGGCGGUUUCUCUCUCUGGGGUCGAUCAGCGGUUGCCUUCCGUGGCAACAGAGAAACCAGCUUCUUCCCUCCCGCACUCGCCCUCUGUCUGCAAGCAAGAUAAGGAAGCUGCUUUUCAACUGACAGAUGAUCUUCUCGAGAUGUGGGCGCGCGAAAGUCCACACACGGACGACGAGGAACCGGACCCCCGGGCGCGCGGCGAGUUUGAAGAAAGGAAGAAGAGCGUGGACAGGGAUACGCGUGUAGAGUCAGGUGGCGAGGCCUCGCUGCAGAGGGAAGGCGACGAAGGGCAGACAGACGUCAAGAGCAUGUUCCAGACUUUUGACGCUUCUUCCUCCGAGGCAGCACUGCGUAGAGACGAAGCCGCGGCAACCGAGAGACGAGCUUUGUUUUCAUCUGCCAAUUUUCCGGGAGCUCGAGGAAAGCUGCGUCGGAGGGGUCAGGGUGCUUCGCUGCGGUGUGGCGUCGGGACGCCAGGCGCCGACUCUGGGGACGGGCAAAAAGAAGAGGAAGAAGGCCUGAAGCAAAGCCUCCUCGACUUUGCUCAUGAAAUGAAGCAAGAGGCAACGAGGUACGGCCAAGUGAUUCAGCGCGACCGCGACCGCCUCCAGAGGACGGGGGAGGCGCAGCAGCGACACUUGGAUAAGACUCAUGGAGCCGCGAAGGACACAAAAAGUUUGAUUUACGGCAGUGGCUUCGGCUUCUUCUACGCCAUGGCUCUCCUCCUGAUCGGGUGCAUUCUUUUUGUCAUGGUCAUGUCGUUUAUUCUCUUCACUCCUGGUUGACAGCGCAGCAGGCACACAGUUCCUGGUCACUGGCACGCAGAUUUCAGUAACGCCUCAGCCCGCCAGCGAGGCGCGUUGUGCUGCAGCAUUUUUUGGGUCGUUCGUUCUCCGGAACGCCUGAGGUGCAUCCACCAAGCUGGGUAAAAGAGCACAACUUUCUCCGGUCUCUACACUUUGAAACUCUGUGUCUCACUUGCGCGUUCGGGACUAGCCGCAGAGAGCUGUUUUCGCUUCUCUGUUCCAUUUUUCCUCGAUGCCGCGCGUCUAUGGCACCUGAAUUUCCAAACAGCUUAUACACGGUUCGCCUGGCGGGCAAGCUGAGGCAGGCCCAAGGCGUUUUUACUCCGGACGGGGUUUCCGCAGAAAACAUCCUCAGAUUCGCGUACAGAGCCAGAGUUUCGUGCAGUGACGUGGUGGUCGUAGGACACACUCGACGUCUGUCGCAUGCGUCGAGAAACGCUGAACUGUGAGUUUGACGAGGUGGGACGACACUCUGUAGCAAUCAGAGCAAGGAAAGAGAAUUCGCAGUGAAUGACCCGCAGAUAGGGUACUGCCGUCUCAAUGUUGAAACCUGUCGGCUUGAAACGGCGAAGGAAUUCACCUGCUUUCAGAAAGGAACUUGGCGGACUCUAACUGCAUGCCUUUUUGGUGUAACAGAGACGAUCACGGUAAUAAGUUCCGUAUUUCGUUUUAGCUCAGUGCUUACUCAGGAGAUGGUCAGGCGUGUUCCCGUUUCCUUAGCUUGAGAUAGGAGUGUUGAGUUCACCCCGCGGGGGCUGCGAAUCUUUGCUGUUGCACCCGAGGGAAGUAAAACGUUUGGUGGGGGUUUUCAGGUAAACGUGGUCUGUGACUCUAGAAGAGCGAGUUUGAGGCAAACCAAUUUUCCGUGGAAAGUUGUUUGAUCCAGUUGCGAACUCCGCCGGCGCUCGUGUUUUACCGUUUUUCAACAUGUCCAGGGCACUUGCCUGACACACGC